CAGCAGCCUGAGAGACUCCAGAAGAACAUUCUGAGGACCAAGCUCUACACCUGCAGAAAUGACAUCUCUUCAGCCUAGAGAAUGCAAACUGACCAGAAAAGAUGGAGAGAGCUAUGGAUUCUGCAUGCGUAUUGAGAAAUUCAAAAUGGGACACCUUGUCCGGAAUGUGGAAAAGGGUGGUCCAGCUGAGAAGGCAGGCCUAAAAGAUGGAGACCGGGUCCUGAGGGUCAAUGGGGCAUUUGUAGACAAGGAAGAGCAUGGAAAGGUGGCCGAGUUAGUUAGGAAAAGUGUGAAUUCUGUAGUAUUCCUUGUUUUGGAUGACAAAUCUUAUGAAAAUGCACAAAAGGAAGGAGUCUGUCUUCAAGAGUUGGGCCAAAAGUCAGCAACCCAGCAGCAUGCAGAACAUCCUCCGCUUGUGAGAAAUGCACAGUCUGCUCCUGUUCCACAACUCCGGCUCUGCUAUCUGGUGAAGGAAAGAAACAGCUAUGGCUUCUCUUUGAAGACUAGUGCAGGUCAGAAUGGAUUGUUCAUUGUAGACUUGGCUGCACAAGCAGCAAAAGCUGGAGUGCAGCCAAAUGACCGCCUGAUUGAAAUAAAUGGAGAGAAUGUCGAAAACGACACUCAUGAGGAAGCGGUUGAGAAGGUGAGAAGGUCUGGGAAUCAAAUUGUGUUUCUGCUGUCAAAUAAAGAAACUGACCAGUAUUACAAGAGGCAGAACAUGGAACUGACAAGAGGAAUGGCCAGUUUGAAAUUAUUACCCCACAAACCCCGGAGCCUUGAGGUCAAAAAGGGGAAUAAUGGCUACGGAUUCUAUCUGAGAAUGGAACCAAAUGGUAAAGGUCACUUAAUUAAGGACAUUGAUUCUGGCAGCCCUGCGGCUAAAGUAGGUCUCAAGGAGAACGACAUCUUGGUGGCUGUAAAUGGAGAGCCAACUGAAGCACUGGACCAUGAUGCUGUGGUGGAGAAAAUCAGGCAGUCUGGUGAAAGCGUUACACUGCUGGUGGUGGAUGAAGAGACUGAUGCCAUGUACAAAAUGGCUAAAAUAUCGCCAUGUCUCUACUGCCAUAAACCCCCAGUGCAAUCUUCACUAGAGGCACAAGUGGCAACAUACAGUGAAGGAGAAAAUCACAAGCCCAGACUCUGCAAGCUGGUGAAGGGUCCCAGCGGAUUUGGCUUCCGUUUGAAUGCUAUCCAAGAUUUGCCUGGCCAGUUCAUCAAAGAGGUACAGAACAAUGGGCCAGGACACAUUGCAGGGCUGCAAGUUGAUGACAUCUUGAUAGAAGUGAAUGGUGUCAAUGUGGAGAAUGAAAACUAUGAAAACGUCGUGGCAAGAAUCCGUGAUAGUGGCAACACGCUCAUGCUACUAGUAUGUGAAGAAGAGGCUUAUCAGUACUUCAAGUCUCAGAAUAUGCCUAUUACUACCUCAAUGGCAGAUGUAUUAGAUGGUAGUAAGGACCCUCCUGCUUACACAGAGAUACAAGCCCCAGAACGGCCACAGCCAAAACCACGAGAGAAGGCCAGCUCAUCUUCUUCUUCAGCAUCAGAUGCCUCAGAUGAUGAUACCAGAUUAUGAUACCAGAAAUCAGGAACCUUCCAGUGUUUGUACCUGAAAGUCAAUGCUGUAUGACUACCAUUCUAAAGCAAAGAGUUACUAGUACAGCUCAGAAAAUUUUGGCUGAAAUCCUUUGCAUGCUUACUUGAAAUCAAGUCCUACUGAACACUGUGGGAGUUCCUUCAAACAAAUAUGCAUAAGAUUGGGAGUACGUGAUUCUAUUAGAUUCAUUAAUAAUUC